CAGGAAACUUGAGUUAUUGACUCGAUCAUUUAGUGAACAAUAUUGUGUUUGUGUGAAGCCAUAGGUUAACCAAGAUCAAUGGAGUCUCUAAUUGGUAAAAAUUCUGAUGCGGAUGAAGUGCACUUUGACAAUUCCAUUACCUCUCGCUUGACCCCAGAAGUUCCACCUUCCCCCAAAUUGGCGAAGUUGUUCUUACAGGAGAAAAGUAGCUUGACAAUGCUACCACCCUCUUUCUUUGAGCAUGUGCUAGUCCUUAAAGUGCUAGAUUUGUCUCAUGCAAGCAUACAAUCUUUACCUCCAUCCAUUUCCAAGUUAUGUCUACUUGAAGAAUUUAUCUUGCGAGAAUGUUCACUUUUAAUAGAAGUACCACCUGAAAUUGGAGCAGUUAAGAAUCUCAAGGUCUUUGAUCUCGAAGGAACUGAGAUCAUGUAUCUACCAAAAGAAAUCGGCAAAUUAGAGACUUUGGAAUGUUUAAGGGUGUCUUUGUCUGCAUAUGCAGAUGACUAUAAAGACAGAAAUGACAUAGAGCACAUAAUUCCAAGGAAGACAAUCUCCAAGCUCACUAAGCUAAAGGAGUUAAGUAUCAGUGUGGAUCCAGAAGCUAAAUGGUGGGAGGUUGAAGUUUUGGAAGCUAUUAUGCAUGAUCUUCUUGUCUUACCCGACCUCAAUACUCUAAAGUUGUGCUUACCAACUACUAAAUUAGUGCAACAGUUCCUAAGGCUUGAAAGGUAUCAAGUACCGAUAUUUUCAGGUUUGUGGAACUUUAGAUUUAUGAUUGGUAAAUGUGAACAACUUCCAUUUUCUGUGCAACUUGAUAUGGAAGAAAAUUUCUUGAAACUUGAGAAAUGUGUAAAAUAUAUGAAUGGUGAGGGAUGCAUGGAUGAAAAUGCAGAGUUAAUUAGACAAGCUAGAGCUUUAUACUUACGCCGCCAUUGGACUAUUGAGAAGCUCUCAGUAUUUGACAUAAGGAGGCUGAAAUAUUGCUUGCUMAUGGAGUGUAAUGAGAUGCAAACCCUCGUCCAUCAAGASGAUGUAUAUGAAGACAKAAAUAAAGCCACUAACCAKGGUGAAGACGUCAUACUUGAAUCGCUGCAAUUCUUGGCCCUUCACYUCAUGAAGAAGUUACAAAGGAUUUCAAUGGGACCAAUYGGCAAAAAGAGUCURUCCUGUCUAAGAAUUUUAGCCCUGCAUACUUGCCCUGAGCUGACUAGCAUUUUUGUGGGAUGUUUGCUUGAUAAUUUCGAAAACUUAACUGAACUUAUAGUUGAAGACUGCCCCAAGGUCAAAAGCCUUGUAACUCUGGAGGCCACCUCUUGGAGUAAAGGUCCGUUUCUCCCAAACUUAAAGAGAGUAUCACUUCUGGACCUACCUGAGCUGGUGAGUAUUUCUAGUGGGGUCUGCAUUGCACCACAAUUAGAUACGUUACUGGUUUUYAAUUGCAUGAGUCUCGACUAUCUUUCCAUCAUGGAAUUAYCUAGACAUACRAAGGYGAUUAAAGGAGAAACUGAAUGGUGGGAUGCAUUGAAAUAUGGAAAAUUGACGUGGAACAGUGUCUUUGUACAAAUUAAAAGAGAUGGAGGUUUAAUGGAUCAAUUAGCAGAAGAUACAAACUCUCUCCAACAUUUUCUCGAGCUUCCGAUGGUCCCUACACACCCUGGUAGCUCUUUGCAAGUGGAUGAAAACUCACCAAGGGAUGAUCACCCGGGUUUAACUGAAAUCAGGGAACAAGUUGAGCAGCUUCAGAUUGAUCACAAUGUGCCCUUUUUUGAUGAAACCAGAGAAAUGUCAACUCAGAAGAUCCUCAACUCUGAUGAUGACACCCAGUCACAAUAUGCUGGAACAGCAGUUAGGUUGUGGGACUCACCAUGUCCUGCGAGUGGCAAGCUGCAAAAUGAAGAUAAGGACCGCGAUUGUAACGUUCCCUUUCACAAAGACGCUUUUCUAAAGAAAAGGGGAUGCUAUAAGAGGAGGCGUCAAGCAAAAGUGAUCAAGAGGAUAGCCAUUGAAGAACCCCUCGAUGAUGGUUAUGUUUGGAGGAAAUAUGGUGAAAAGAAGAUUCUUAAUAGCAAAUACCCCAGACAAUAUUACAGAUGCAACUCCAAAAUUUUACACAAUUGUUAUGCAACGAAGCAAGUUGAAAGGUCUACCAAGGACCCAUCUUUCUUUAUAGUCGCUUACUCCGGAAAUCACACUUGCCCCAGAAUAUUAAGCACCAAUUGUUCCUCCACUGCAACAGAAUUAGCUGCUAGAACUGUAAGAACCAGAGAUUCAUCACCUGCAACUGAAUCAGCUUCUACAAUCAAUGAUAGUAGUUUCCAAAAUCCAACACGCCUUCAGUCAUUGGACUUGAAGAAAAAAAAUACCAGGAAUGCUGAGUGUACCACACAAGUAAAAAUUAUCCUAAAGACUGGAUUUGACAAACCACCUGAUGAUGGUUAUGCAUGGAGUAAGUAUGGGAUUAAACGAAUUAAAGGUGCAGAUUUCAGAAUUAGUGGCAGUGCUAGCAUCCAAAAGUGGGAGCAAGUAGAAAGUGAUAUUCAGUCAAGCUUUUCUCCACCUUUUAUACUUGAAUCAUCUUCAUCAUGCGUUACUUCUAAAGCAAAUAUGAUAACAUCAGAAGUGGUGGGAAACAGCAGCAGGAAUCUCCCAUCAUCCGCAAAUACACCAGAGGAUGCAAAAGAAUUUCCUUUGCCAGCUUUUAUGGCAAGUAAAGAGAUGGGUGAUAAGAUCACUAAGUUCCAUCAGUUAGUUUGUCCUUCCGGAAAGGUAUGAUAAUAUACUUCUAUGUACUUUAAACCUUUCGAAAUAAU